CCACUAUUUAAUAUCUUGAGUACCCGCUGCAAGGUGUAAUCCAAUUCAAUUUUGCUGAGGGACGAGCAGAACCGUCACUUUAAUUCUGCUUCUCACAAAAGAUGGUCAAGAUCAUCCGAUAUUACUCGAGCACUCUCGAAUGGACAAAGCUGCCGCAGUCCAAAAACGAACCAGUCAUGUCCGGUCGAAUCCAUGACGUAGAUAUGGAAGGCAUUGAGGCAGCCAUGGAGGAUAAGCUCGUUCUACGACAGGGUUUGCGACGCAAACGAAGCCGUGCCGAUUCGUCGGGAUUUGUGGAUAUUGAAGAGACGGCUGCAAAGCGGGUCAAAGUACCCGAGCUCAAGAGAGUUCAACCUGAGCAGUUUCCCGCCUUUACCGGAACGAUCACCAUCCAUGUCAAGAAUAAAGGCAGAAAGCGCAAGCCAUUAUCACUUCAUAUCGAAAGAGAUAGAGUAUCGUCUGGAUUCAUUGCCCGAUCUGUGUCGAAUUCCUUCUCUGAUUGGAUAGCCACGGUCCCGAAACCAAUCGAUUUGACCCACGAAGAUCCCUUACUUGUCAAACACUAUGUGAAGUGGGCAAACACGCGAACCAUUGGCACGCGGAAGAAACAGCGAUUGGUAUCCCUGCAGGAAAAGAGCCGACCAGACUACAAAGAAAGUUUGACGCUAGACACAGAGCAGCUUGCGCUUUGCUAUGGCCUAGGAGAGCGUCUAGAAGACGCAGCAUAUCGCAAUGCGCUUCUGUUUACAAUGCGAUACUAUCUGGUGAAAGAGGAAGCCUUCCCUAGCGAUCGGACAGUUGCCAUUAUAUAUGAGCAGACGAAGAGGCGCUCGCCGGCCAGGAAAUUGAUGGUCGACUUUUGGGCAUAUGCUGGAAAUAUAUCGUGGCUGGAAGGCAGGGACGUUGAAUUCUCAGUAUGCCUGGAUUUCUUUGAGGAUCUUUUUCCAGCACUACUCCGGGCGAGGGCAAAGCCGGAGAAAGCAACUUGGCCGUGGGCAGACAAUGCGGAUGCUUACUUGGUCGCUGGUGGAGAGGCACAAACCGAAGAAGGAAUUAUGUUCAAGGAAAAAUCGAUGGAAAUGUGAGUGGGUAGGGAAGUGGACCGCCGGUUGUGUUUAGCAAACGUGCUCU